CAAACUUCAUCCAUACGAAUAGUUAAUCCAUUGUCAAACCAAUCAACCAAACUGUUCGCUUUCAUAUAUUAAAAUUUGCGGCCACGCAGCUGCUUGUGUAACUAUCAAGACUGAAUAACCACAAACCUUCGAAACGAAAGAUCCCUGACCUUUGCGUUGAGACUUGUUAUCGCGGCCCAACGCUUUUUUGUUAUCGCGGCCCAGCGCAAUUUGGAGCUACGUUUCUAUGUUUUUUUUAAAUAAAAACAGCUCAUAAUUUUUUUAAAUUGUGGGUGAAAACGUUGAAAAAUACCUUGACAAAAAACCCGAGUAUUCUAAUUUUCGAAUACAACAGUAAUUGGAACAGUUCUUUAACAUUUUUUCAAAUAUAUUUUUUUAAUUCGUAUACUUUUUCUUUUGUUACUCGAUUACGGCCUGGGAUCGAGAUGAGUCUUACGUGUGUGAGUCGAUCUACCAUAGACAGUAUACACAUAACCCAGCCCAUCAACUUCGACGAGGACAUUCUUCCCGAGGUAGGUGGGAUAGGGAAGUACCAGUACCUCAGAUACCUCCUGCUCAACCUCAUCGCCAUCCCCGUCUGCGUCAACUGGCUGGCCGAUUUAGUCUUGUCAGCUGAGAUACCACACUGUUGCAAUAUACCCAACAUGCACACGUUCUACAGCGGCUACUUUGAAAACGACACAUAUCCUAUUCUGUUCCCGACUGUGCCCAGUGGUCGGACAGGAGUAUCGCGGGACUGGGAGUCGUGUCACAUGUUCGCACCCCAGUGCUACCGCGACAACCGCACUGAUUUCUCCGACUGUGAGGUGGUCAACUGCCAACAGGGAUACCACUUCAUCUCAAAUGGAACAGGAAGGGUCACAAUGAUUAACCAGUUUGAGUUGGUGUGUGAGAAGAAGUAUUUGAAGAGGGUGAGUAGUCUAGUGUUCAUGGCGGGUGUGUUGAUGGGGGCCAUGCUGAUCGGAUAUCUCUCUGACAAAUACGGAAGAAGAGCCACCAUGUUCUCAGUCAUCGGACUACAGGUGCUCUUUGGGUUCAUCUUGGCCUUCAUGUACAGCUAUGUGAGUUUCAUGUGCAUGCGCUUCCUCGUGGGCACGACCACUGCCGGACUCUACCUCGUCAUCUUUGUCCUCGGCUGCGAACUAGUCGGGCCCAAGUACAGGACAUUCGUGGGACUAGGUUACGAGAUCACGUUCGGUUUCGGAUACCUCGUGCUGGCGGCCUUGGGCUACUUCAUCCAGAACUGGAAGACGUUCCAGAUGAGUAUCUCCCUCUCUUCCAUGCUUCUCUUCCUCUACUGGAAGGCCAUCCCAGAAUCCCCUCGCUGGCUCAUCAUCACUGGAAACCUCCGCAAGGCCUCGGAGGUCAUCCACAAGAUGGCGAAGGAAAACGGAGUAGUACUUGGGCAGGAGCUGAAGGACAAAUUCCACCACCACACUGACGCCCGAGAGAAGGACAUGAUUGACAGCUGUGGCGGAGGGGGAGUGGAGGGGGACGACAAGAACAGUAUCUUCAGGGGAUCCAGGAUGUCAUCGGUGACGGCGGAUACUGCAGUCACUUCAGCCAACAUGAGUUCCACAACUUCAGUUUUGGAUCUACUAAGGUAUCCCAAAUUGAGAACUCGGGUGCUGAUCUCUUCUGGCAUUUGGCUGGUGCUCUCCAUGGUAUACUACUCCAUGUCGUUCAUGGUUGAUCAGUUCAGAGGCAACCUAUAUCUCAACAUAUGUCUCUCAGGACUGGUGGAGAUACCCGCAACCAUCAUCGCCUUCCCGAUGAUCAACAAACUGGGCAGGAAAAUCCCUCUCAUCAUUUUCUUCCUCCUCAGUUCUGUCUCUUUGAUGGCUUGUGUGUUCAUACCUUCAGACAUGCACUUUGCCGUCACAGCUUCGGCUAUGCUGGGAAAAUUUUUCAUCACUGGUGGAUUUGCGAUUGCCUAUGUCUACUCAGCCGAACUGUACCCGACUGUAUUACGUAAUAACGGCAUCGGGAUCAACUCCAUGUUCGGAAGAGUUGGCGCCUUGUUAUCGCCUGUAGCUCUCCUUUUAGGAGAGCUUUGGUGGCUGAAUGCUCUUUUUGCGACUCUGUCAGUCUUAUGCCUAUUAGCAUCAAUUGGUGUUAUGUUUCUACCCGAAACCAAAAACUCACCUUUACCCGAAACAAUAAACAAAAUCGAAGGCAACGUCGACUUGAUUAUGCCAAAAAGUAAGAAAAAUGUCAGUUUUGGAAGCAUUUCAAAUAACAUACAAGGAAUGUACUCGGAGCUUUUGAUUGAAAAACGAGUUCCAUUUGAGACACAGGAGCUGGAAUCUUCUCCGAAACAGCCGAGGACUCCGGGAGGAUACCGACGCACAACUGUCGCCAAAGCACCCGGAGAGUCUCUUUACAACAUUAGCAGUUCAGACAACAACUCGGAAAACAGGGAUUUGAAUGGAGGCAACGGGAAUGGCUAUGAUUCAAGUACCAUCUACCAAACUAGCCGAGUUUAUAGAUUGGAAACCACCGUUUGAUUUUUAUGUCUGC